AUGUGUAGAAUUAAUCCUUCUGAUACUCCGCAUAAUACUGGUUCUUUGGAUAGUUUUGAUAAUGCGCAUAGUCCACAUAGUUUUGAUAAUGCACAUAGUCCACAUACAGAUUAUGAAGACAUUAUGCAAUACCGGGAUAUGAAGUCCAAGCCUUUGGAUCAAUUAAGAAAAAAAUUCCAUGUAUCAACUUCUUGUUUAUAUCAGAUUUGGAGAGGGCAGGAAAUAGGAAGAGUCGAAUGGAACUAUUCAGCAGUCCUGCUUUUCUAUUUGAAUACAAAUUAUAUAGAUAAACAGAAUAGAACGGAUUUAGAGUCUGAUCCAGUUUCAGAAGAAAGUACAAACAGUAGGGCAAAAAAGACUGGAGGAAAGAAACGGUCCCAAGGGGAUUAUCUCAAGUCCGCCAGCAUCUCUGAACCAAAUAUUACUUAG